CUCGGCUGCUGUCGUUCUUCCCGUGUCUCCUGCUCCAUUCUUACCUUCCCUGCUUCUCCAUCUCAAGAGUUCGCCACCAGCGAUCUUCCCAGCCACCACCACGUUAACAUCCUCGCCCUCCGUCAGCCGCCUCGCCCCUUCCCAGUCCGCGCCCGUCUCCCGUGGGCGGGUGGCCGUUCGCGCCAUGGACGAGUGGGACGAGACUACGAGAGGAGCCAGGAACUGUAGCGCGAAAAUAUCGAGGGGAAGGCGUACGUGGAUUCAUGGGACGACCGGAUGCGAGAGACCUGUGCGCUGCUGAAGCAGGUGCGGGAGCCGGGCUCUCGGGGAUCGUAACCUCAAGGACUCGGAGAAGCAGGAGAUGUACGGUUGCACAAGGAGGACCCCGCGACUUACAUCGUGGAGCGGCUAGCCAAGGACUUCCGCGUCAUGCGACAGCGCGUGCACGCCAUCCUCUGGCAGUCUGGCUCAAGGAGAUGGAGGAGGAAGAGGAGAGGAAGAGGGGUCAGCCACUCGACAACUCCAUCGAAAUCCAGCUCGACAGUUGCCCAGAGUUCUUCAAUUCUCAUGACAGGGAAUUUCACGUAGCAUCCCUUCCAUAUAAACCUGACUUCAAAGUGAUGUCCGAGGGCUGGGAUGGCACAACACGAGAUCCUGAUGAAGUUCUAUAUGAAAUUUCAAUGAAGGAAGAUCAAAUAUUGUACGAGGAAUUUGUUCAGCGCUUGGAAUUCAACAAGAAGAAGGUGGCAAGAGAGGUUAAGGGGUUGUUUGGUGCGUGGCCUAAGCCGUCACGGCUUAGGCGCGCCGCGGCGCCGGACACGUCACACCAAACUCCAAACUGGCUCUAAGUGCCACAAGUACAGUCGGCGCCGACCAGACAAUGGAUGGAGCAACAUGGUCGAAAAGCUCGGUCAUCAGGGAAAGCGUGGUGCUGGAGGGGGGCUGGAAGUUCAUCAGCUUGCCUGAUGGAUCAAGCCGUCCGCUAAAUGAUAUGGAGAAGAUGUAUGUUAAGCGGGAGACUCCAAAACGCCGAAGGAGGAUAAUUGCACCAUACAAGUGACAUGGAAACAUCAGUUUGUCGAAAUGCAAAUUUUCUCAAACUGUUUUUUGACAUUCUCGAGGGAGGCUGAAGCUGAAAUUGUGAAGUAGUUUGGAACCGCCAGAACUGGACCUGUGUUUUCGCAGCACAGUAGAUGGUUUGAUGUUGAUGGAUAUUGUAUUUUGUAACAAAGGAUUAUUUUUCCCACAUUUAGGCAGCUGAAUAACCAUAUUUUG